CAAGUCAGAAGAAACAGAUAGUCCUACUAUAAAUGCCAAGAAACAAUUCUCACUAGCAUUUUGUGGAAUUAGUCCAAACUCAAAUUUGAAUCGCGUUCAAAGUGAAAUUGUCCCUCGUCGCUUUCCGUCGUUGCCAUGGAGCGCAUACACAACGCUGUUCUGCUCGCGCGUGUCAAACAAACUAGCAACAGCUGUAACACUGCAGCAUAAUUACUGCACUGCUGACAAAAUAAUACCAGUGAAUGGGAACGUGUUGCAAUGCUGGCUAAUAUUUCGAGGAGCCCUCUGAACACUGGGAUUCCAUGGGAAAACAGACAUGGCAUGCAGGGAACGGUUUCUGGUCUGCGACGAUCCAGGGGGUCUCCGAAAAAAGCAUCCAGACCCAGCUGUUUCUUAGGAGUGGAGACCUUGGCUGAGCUAGUCUGGGAGGGCUGGGAGCUUGGAAGACAAUAUACCAAGUCACUUAUUCUGAAAAAUGUGCAUGAAAAACUUCAGAAACUCAGUUUCAGACCUCCUGUGUCCAAAGUCUUUACCACACUUUUAUCUCAGAACAUCAUUCUUAGUCCUGGGACGUCUUUUUCUCUGCCAAUCACUUUCCAUCCCCUUAAGGAGGGUGAGCAUGUGGACAGUAUUGAGUUCCGGUGUAAGGAGGGGACAUUUCUAGUGAAACUGCGUGCAGUGAUGCUACAUCAUGCAUUGGAGCUUCCUGAUUCAGUGCAGCUUCCAUCGUGUGCCGUACAACACAGCACAAACACCAGCUUCCUCUUCCGCAACACCAGUAAGCUGCAGACCUGUUUCCAGUGGGUGGUGGAGCCACCAUUCGAGCUCUCUCCGCUGAGCGGGGUUCUGGAGCCAGGAGAGCAGUGCAGGGUUUCUGUAACUUUCAAACCACAGCAAGCGCUGGUGUACCAGACAGUGGCCUCCUGCACAUUCGGGAAGGAAGGAGAGAACAAAUGCACAAUGUUACUAAAAGGACUGUCCAAGUACCCGCACCUACAGAUCAGUCCCCUUGGCCAGGAGGAAGGAGGUGGGCUGCUUGAAUUUGGCAGUGUAGCAAUUGGAAGCUGUUUGGAAAAACACUUUGAGAUCCACAAUCCUUCUUCAGUGUUGACCUCCUUCUUUCUGACUCGUGUAAUAAGGCCGGCGCUUAUGGAGUCUGUGUUUGAGUGUGAUGUGAAGGAAGGGCAGGUGGCUCCAUGCUCAGUACUGAGAGUGCCUGUCCGUUUCACCCCACUCACUGUGGACAGCACCAGCAUGGACUACUUCCGCCUCAGCUGCCCUGGGGGAAUCAGCACAGAUGUGCUCAAAGUCACUGGCUCAUGCAUAGGUCCAGUAGUUUCUUUAAGCUCCUCUAUGGUGGAUUUUGGCUGUGUGGAAGAGGGAGAGGAAGCCAUGCGUAUUAUUCACAUCAUAAACUCCUCUACUGUCCAGGCUCAUUAUCAGUUUGACAUGGACCCCAGCAACCAUUGUGUGUUCACACUUGACCAACCAAUUGGCACUCUGCCAGCCAAGGGCAGCCUCACUCUGCGUUUAAGGUUCCGCCCCUAUCAUCCCAUUGCCUAUCACAAGAGAGCAGCGUGCCUUAUACUGCACAGGGAGCCGCUUUUGUUGGACUUGAUUGGCACCUGUCACUCAGAACAGCUUAAGCCAGACAUCUUACAACCCAGACACCUGCAUGUGUACAGACAAAACCUGCUCCGUGGUCUAACCUGCUACCCUCCUGAUAUACUCAGUGCUAUGCUGGCUGAUCAUAAACUGCAACUGGAUGAAAGUGGGGCAUUAUUAUUUCAAAAGGACUCAUCAGAUGAAACGGCUUUGUCCGAGUCUCCUCUCUCCCUGAGGAGCAUGAUGGAAGAAUAUUUCCAUAUGAACUUGGCAGAUAAGGCAGGAGAACAUCCUGAUGAGAGUGGAGAUCCUGAAUGUUUCCCCCUGCCCCAUGUCACGGUGGAGCCCACUGAACUGCUUUUUUACUCAGGGCCAUCAUCUCAAUCAGUCACCAUCACCAACCACACCAAAGGCAAACUCAGCCUGCUGUGGACCCCGGCUGCAGACCCGCCCUUCUCCAUCACCCCUCUCACCUGUGACCUGAGUCCUUUAAAGUCCACUGUCUUCAUAGUGACAUACGCACCCAAACAGCACAAUGUCUACCAUGCAGCACAGCUCGAGUGUUUCACUCUCUACAAGAUUUUGAGGGAUCAUCGGCAGACAGAGGACCGAACUCUGUGUCCUCCGUGGUGUCUCACAGUCAGGGUGACUGCUCACUCAUUUCAGCCUGGAAAUGAGCACUUCAUCCCUUGCUUCUGUCUGCAGCCAACUCAAGUGAUGUUUCCAGCUUUGAAUCAGGUCUCCUACAAGAGUAUUCUCCUGCAGAACACAGGAGACCUUCCUCUUAUCUUUAGCUUGACCACAAAGGACUGUCCUGCUGUAUCUGUGCUGCCCCCUAGUGGCUUAGUACCACCAGGCAGCCACCAGAUCCUCAUUCUCCGAUCUACUCCUGCUGUAGAAAACCCUGGCAGUUUACCUCUGACCCUGCAGCUCAACGCCAGCCCCAAACACACACAGGGUCUAAGCAUGGUGUGUCUGGCGGAGAGGCCGCGCAUCAAUUUGGAGGGUGACGGGAGCUUGUUUUUCAGGCCCACAGCAGUGGGCUCCUGCUCCAAGACAACUCUGAGCAUCAGGAACUUUAGCAGAGUAGCGUUACACUUCCACUGGAAGGUCUGUAGCUCAGAUCGCAGAGUUCUCUCUGUACAACCAGACUCAGGUGUACUGCAGCCCAAUGAAUCCCAGGUUCAGACAUGGUCCUUCACCCCACUGGAGGAGAUGGCAUAUAAUAUGAAGGCUAGUCUAAUUUUCUGGCCCAUUCAGAAACCAGAUUGUAAAAGGUCCAGACUCUCUCUUAAAGUUGUGGGACUAUCUGCCAAAGGUUCCAUACAGGCUGGUCGCUCGUUUCUGGAUCUGGGUGAGGUGUUGGUUGGAGGUUGUAAGUCAUUUGAGGUUCCUCUGCUGAACACCAGUCCAUGUGCUGUUAGCUUUUCUCUGGAUGUCCUGCAGAGCAUCAGUGCUCCAGGCAUUCCUGAGGACUCACUGGAAGACCCUCUCGUUCUGGACAUGGAAAGUAUGAAAGGCACCAUUCCAGCUCAGUGUCAGCUGCUAAUUCACUCCACAGUGAGACCGACUCGCAGGGCCCGAUAUCGCUGGACCAUCUGCUAUAAGAUCCUUAAUGCCUCUGGCUUAGUGGUGGGGGAGUCCUGCUCUCUGUGCCAAGUUGAAGCAGAAGGAGUUUAUCCCACUCUGGAGGUGACAGAUGCCCGUAGCAGUGGCAGUGUGGAGGGUUUAAGUAAGCUGUAUCUCUGGGAGCUCUUCUGUCUUGACGCACUAAAUACUUACCUGCUCAGUGAGCCAGGUCCACCUGAGCUUACCUACAGAGUGCCCACUAGACACAGUUUUCACCGCUGUCCACCCGUCUUAACCUCAGCCAUGUUGGAUUUUAACUUCAGCGCUGCGCCUCUGGGUGCAGACCCCUCCAAUGUCCUGCUCAUGUUUGAAAACACUGGGAAUAUCCUUGUAGAGUGGUCGUUUCUGUUCCCGGAAGAUCAGCAGAUUGAGCUGGAGUGCUGGGCAGAGAGUGCAGAGUUAAGCCCCACUGAGCUCCUUCAGAUGAAAGUGCAGGAUAACAGGAUGUUCUCAGUGUCCCCACGCUCUGGCAAACUGCAACCCGGCCAGCGGAGGGCAGUGCAGUUCACAUACAGACAUGACUUCGCUGGGACGUAUCGGCUUCCUGUCCUGCUGAAGCUCUCUCAUGGCAGAGAGAUUCUGCUGAAUUUUAUAGGUGUAACUGUUGAGAAGGAGAGACGCUACCUUCACUUCCCCUCCACUCGACAUGUCUUUGCUCCUGUGGCUAUCGGAGGGUUUCAUCCUCCCAAACAGGUGUAUGAGCUGUAUAAUGGAGGGGCUCAGCCAUUGAGGUACCAUGUGGACACUUUGCCGCUGCAGGAACUACAGGACGAGAACUUUAAUCAUCCUGUCUUGCAGUGCCUGAACCCAGAGGGAGACGUGCAGCCUGGAUGCACCGCCAUGCUGGAGUGGAUCUUCUCUCCUCUGGAGGCUAAAACAUACAGUGUGGACAUCCCUAUUUACGUGCUGGAGGGAGACUGUGUGCUGGUGACGUUUGAGGGCUGUGGCUUUGACAAUAGAGACUCGGUGCCUCUUCAACUUCAUGACGGACAUCUCACUGUGCCCUGCACUCAGAAAGUGCCCUUACCCGGACAGAUGGUGUUCCUGUCAGAGGAGAGAGUGUCUUUUGGUGACAUUCCAGUCUGCUCUCGGAGCACACGUAUUCUGUUUCUGACCAAUGUCUCUCACACUGAACGAGUCCUCUACUCGUGGAAACUGAAAGGACAAGAUGGCAAGCAGGCAGUGCAGAUUCAUCCAGUUAGUGGAUCUCUGGCUGCAGAGGAGAGCAUUCUCUGCAUCCUCACUAUUUACACCUCAAGCAUCCCCACAUUCUACCAGCAAGAUCUCAUCUGUGAAAUCACUACAGAGGCAGCUUUCACUUGUUACCAGUUAGACCUACAGCGAUGGGAGGAGGAGAAGGAGAGAGAAAAACAUGAAUUCACCAUAACGGAGAAAGACCUGAUACAGACAAACCCUCAGAAUAAACCCACUCAGGGAGGAAUAGCAGCCCAAAAGAAAUCCUCCACUGAAACCCGGAAAUUCAAGGCGCUGCCACCCAUCCGCAGUAGCAGUGAUGCUGCACUUGGAGAGCCCACUGCCAGGGCAGAGAAGAAAGCUCAGGAGGAAGUGGGGAAGAGACAACCAGAGCCACCUCGCCCAAAACUGCUCCACCUGGGUGUCACGGCACGCUCGCACUCCCUGCUAGAGUACCAGGCACAAUUCCCUUCUCAGUUCAGCAGGCAUCACAUCUACAGACCUGUGCCAUCAAAACUUCCUCAGUCUGGAUCAACUGAGAGUCAGCUCUUUUCAACAAACAUGCCUCCUCUGACCCAUGGUCCGGAGAGAGACAUUCUCACACACCCCCUCACCUCUUUGCUCAGAAGUCUCUUGGAUGACCCUGAGUUCCAGCAGGAAUUGCGGAACACCUCGACUGAGCCGGUGCCCUACUUCACCCAGCUUCAGCCUGCUUCCCCCAUUCUGCCCGCGAGUCCCACUGAGACACCAUAUACAGAAGACACAGUCUGUUUCACUGACUUGAGACCAUCUGCACAUCACAUGGAGAGUACUGACACUGUGGCACACACUCACACACAGUCUGAGGGUGAGUGUGAACCACAACCAUGUCAGGAGCUGAACCCCAAGCACAGGGAGCAGGUGCAGGAAUCCAUUCGCAGAAGUGCAGAGUUUGGUGAUCUGAUUGAGGAGAUUCUGCUAAAUACUCUGCAAAACCUAAUGACGGAGGCUUUUCUGGGGGAGCUGGUUCUGACAGCCAGGCCACGCAUCAUCGCCCUGCCACCAUGCUCAGCCAGGAGAAACUCCAGGAGACAGUCCAGAGGCCAUCUGGUGUGUGACAGUGGUACAGCUCGACAGCACACCCUGGGGAUCAAUCCCUACAUGCCUAGCAUAGCCCUCCUCUCAAACCUGGAGUCUCAGCACCACUGAUUUUCUCCAUAUAAUAACCAUUUCAGUCCACUCAACAUGACUGCAUUUUCUAAAUCUCGUCUUUUUUCCUACAUCAUAUUCUUUAAUAAACUCUAAGUUAAAACGAUGGUUUGUUUACUG